AGAAUAUCAAUUUUAUGGAAUAAAAAGAGUGCACAGUGCCUUGACAAGAAGUACCUGUCACAAGUGAUAUUGGAAUCGAACACUAUUUCAUUCCUUAACAAAAGGAUUUAUUGAAGAGAAGGGUAAUUACCAACUUACACCAUUUGGAGAAAAAUGUCAAAAAUCGAAGAAGGCAAUGCUCACAUACGGCAAGCUGAGAAAAGCUUAAAAACUUCUUUAUUGAAAUGGAAGCCUGAUUUCGAUUUUGCUGCUGAUGAAUAUACACAUGCAGCUACUUGUUUUCGAAUUGCUAAAUCAUAUCAACAGUGUAGAGAUUGUUUAAUGAAAGCUUCUGAUUGUUAUAAACAAAAUAGAGCAUGGUUUCAUGCGGCAAAGAGUAUAGAACAAAGUUUAUUAAUUUGCAAGGAAAUGGGCAAUCUUUCAGAAGUAUCAAAACUUGCACAUAGUUCUUGUUCUUUGUACCAACAGCAUGGUUCACCUGAAUCAGGUGCUACAGUACUUGAUAAAGCAGGAAAAAUGAUAGAGUCUACACAGCCAGAACAAGCUUUAGAAUUGUUUAAGCGUGCAGCAGAUAUUCUGAUGGGUGAAGAUAGUCCUAGACAAGCAGCAGAAUAUAUGAGCAAGGUAGGAAGGCUUUUGGUAAAACUGCAAAUGUAUGAUCAAGCUGCAGAUGCCAUUCGCAGAGAAAUAGGAAUGCAUCAACAAAUAGAUCAUAUACCAUCAGUUGGCCGUCUGGCAGUAGCAUUAGUAUUAGUACAACUAGCACGUGGUGAUCAAGUUGCAGCAGAAAAGGCAUUUAAAGAAUGGGGCAAUUAUUGUGAUGCACCUGAGGUUCAAACUUUGGAAAUGCUUUUACAAGCAUAUGAUAAUGAAGAUGCAGAUGCAGCUAGAUCUGCACUAAACAGUCCUUUUAUUAAACACAUGGAUGUUGAAUAUGCAAAACUUGCUCGAGGUUUACCUCUACCACAACAAGUAUAUGCUGUACCACCCGUAGGUAUUAGGGCAAAUGCAGCAGAGUCAUAUGUAUCACCUAAUGCUACCAAAUUAACUGGGCAGGCUACAGUUGAAGCUGAAGUCAAUUCUAAAGAAAAUGAUACUGCUACUACUGCUGCUGCUGCUGCUGCUGCCACUGUUGCCGAUACUACGGCUGCUACUGCUACUGUAUCUAAUGAUACAAUGGAACAAAUACCAAAUAAAAUAGAAGAUGAGAAAUCUAAUAUAACUCUACAAACUUUAGAUACAAAAGAAGAUUCUGAUGACUAUGAAGGUGGAUUGUGUUGAUUGCCUUCCUUAUAAAUAUACAAUUCUUAUUUAGAAUUCCAUAUACAUAGAAUCUAAUUUCAAGUAUUAUUUCCUACAUUAUUCCAUUUAAAUAAUAUACAAUGUUAAAGAUAAUCGGAUAUGUGCAAGAUGACGCUUGUAAUAUGAGAGUACAAUUCUUAAAUAUACUGGAAAUUACAGUAUAUUUUGCAAGUCAUAUAGAAAAUGGAAGAGCAGUAUAUAAAUUUGUCAUAUACAUAUACAUAUAUAUGUAUGUAUAUGUGUUUGCACAUGCGUGUUGUUUAUGCAGAAAGAUUUAAACAAAAGUAAUACCAAUUUAGGUCAUAUACAUGAUAUAUAUAUAUAUAUAUAUAUAUAUAUAUGUGUGUGUGUGUGUGUGUGUAUAUUACCAUACACGCUUUAAGCAAAAAUAAACGUAUUAUAUUUGCAAGCAAAUAAACUGCUUUAUACUAUAGAUCAGAAUAGAUUAAUAUAUUAUAUAAAACUUACAUGUGUCUGAAAUUGUUGAGGCCUUCUGUUAAAUUUUCUGUAAAAUAUGAAUUUUACUGAAAAAAAUAUUAUAUAAUUUUAUUUAUAUUUCACAUUGAGUUCUGCAAAUAUUACAUUAUUAUUUACUACGUUAUUAUUGUUAUUAUAGUUAUUAUUGUUUCUAAUAACAUUAUUUAUUAUUAUUUAUAUCUAUAUUAGUAUAUAAUAUAAAAAGUGUCAACUAUAUUUAUAUAAGUUUUUUUGCAGAAUUAUAAAUAAAGAAAAUGAUAUUAUUUGACAAAUUAACUUGUAGUUAUAUUUCCGUGUUAAUGAAACUACAAUUAAUUAUUUAUAUAGUACUGUUAUAUAUUAAGACUUAAUACAUUAAAGCUGUGCAUCAUCCCUGAUUUUUUAAUGUUACAGUAUAAAUUUAUAAUAUAACAAUAAGAUACAGAUUAAUACUUAAACAAUUUUGAUGAACAAGGACUCAUUUUAAAGAUAAAAUUUCAAAUGCAGAUAUAUUGAAAUAUAAUUAUAGAUCAUAUAACGCAAGUAUUGUCAAGCGAAUGGCUGCAUAUUUCAAUUUAUUUUUAAAAUACCUUUAAUUUAACUCUAAUUAAAUAUUAAAGUACUAACACUUUACAUUGCUAAUACUUUUAAAUAAAUAGAUUGGAUAUAGUAGAAUUCCAGGAACAACUACAAAGUAUAUAAAUUUAUGACUGAAAUUAAGAUUUUGUUAAUUAUUUGGUGAAUAUAAUAAUUAAUGAUUACCUAUAUAUCUAGAUAUUAUAUUAUAUAAUUCAGAAUAUUUGUUCAUUUCCACACUAUCUAUGAAAUAAAAUUCUCAAUAUUGUU